CUCGCGCUGACGCUCCCGCCCCCGCCCAAGGGCUUGGGGGCGUCGUUUCCGCUGGCACCUGCCCCGAUUUGUUUGCUGAUCCUCUGCGUCGGGACAGUCCCUGGCAGCAGCACGGACUGAGCUGCCAUGUCGUGAUUACAGGUGUAAUUGUUUUUUUGCCAAUUUCAGGAGGUUGGAGACCACUGUGGAGGUUGCGAGGCUGGACGUGGCAGAGGGCGUAAAGUAGCGGAACUUUUCUAGGUCGAUUGGUUUGAUUCCAUGGGGAGGUUGUUCUGGAAGAAGCGUAGUAGACAGGUUGAGGUGGUUCGAGGUUGAGAGAGAGGAGAGGGUGGAAGGUGAGGUCAUGGGGAGGAGGCACUGGAGUGGCUACAGUUAGGGGGGGGAAAGAAGUUUGGCUUCUUGCGAGCUGAGUGUAUUGUGGAGGUUUAGGUUGUAGGAGCGGUGUAAGAAUGUUGGCGGCCAUGGCGGCGGUGCGGGGAUUGGGAAGGUCGGGUUCCUGCGCAUCCAGGCGUUUGUCGUUGAGCGUUGGCUUGGAACUCUGACGAUGUUCGUUUGUGUAGCCCCUUUCACUAUGCAGGUCUUGAACAGGUUCUAUUUGCUUAGGGCUGGAGCUUGAAUGUGAGUGGGAACGCGUAGUAUUGUAAGGUCGCAAUUGUCUUCGUUAUAUUACUAGAUAGCUUCGACCGAAGAUGUAACUCUCAGAGAAGCCGCAUCAGUUGUGCAGCUAGUUGGUGCAACAUGCUCGCGCCUCUAUUGUACGUCUGAACUCUAAUUGGUGAAAGUGGAGUUUGUCGAGCUGACCGAGGCCUCAUGUAUGGUUAGAUUGCGGAGUUCAAAAACUUUGCAUCUCUGGAAGGUAGCCUCACAGUUGUUCGAGGAGCUAUCUUGCGUGGGUUAACAUGUGUUGCUGAGCUGCUGGAAAUUGACUUGUGAGAUUGUUGAAGGAGCGAGGAUGAGCAUCGCCGUCUUGUGCUCAUGAUCACAAUCCCAACAAUUACUAUCUGUUGCCGUUCGCUGCUUAAAGUGACGUGAGACAGCUUCUUAACUGUCGUGGUCGGUGUAGGAAUCUACAGUAGCAAUGGCUUUUGAGGUUGCUAGAGUACAUCAGCUUAUAUGCUCUAGAGUCGAAGAUGAAAGUGUUUUGAACGCAUCCAGUAAUACUUGUGAUUCUGGUGCUAUAGGAUAUAUGUCUCCUCAGUCCUGCAGCCCGCAGAAUGCCUAUCUUCACAAGCGCGAUCCUGUGUAUUUUCCUUGUGAGUCACAUGGUAACGACCAAAGCGUCGAAGUCAGCACUUCACUGGUAGACACUUCAUCUGUCUCUGCUGAGACAGAAAGCGACGAUGAUGGCGAACUCCUUCAAUGCUUGGCUCAACAAAUCGCGCACUCUAUGCUUGACGAGGAGUCGAAAGCUGACACAUGCGCUGAAGAUGUUCGAAGAAGUGGGUGUUCCGGCGCUCCAGACAUUUCUAACGUUGAACUGAGUGGGGGUCGACCAUCUCCCUCGAAUUGGUGCAACAGCAGGUGGUCGUCAGGACAUUUACUUCCAAGUAGUCAGAGCAGCUCAAGUGUUUCCUCACAAGUUUCGUCGCCAUCGUCAGCGCCUUCAUUUGGGAAUGAAGAUGCUUGGGACACUCUGUAUGCCGCAGCUGGAGAAGUCUUAAAGUUAAAUGUGCACGAGAAGAAAAUUUCUGCUCUUUCCAACGAUGGACCUCCUCCGUCUAUCGUCUGUCACAAAGCAUUGCGAGGCCAGACUCAGCAGUCCCGCACCUCUGGUCACCAUGGAAGAAAUUCGCCUUCUCACUCUGCAAGAAAGUUAGAAGAGUGUAUAACGUUUAAUAAACAGUCACAAAAGAAUUGGGCAUCGCAAUGUGUAGCUAUGCACACGAUGGCAAACCAGGGUGGAUCUCAGUUCCCACAGCAUCAGCGACAUCAUCAAUUGUUUAGUGCCAACGGCCAAAGAACUCUCAAUAAUUUCUCCCCUGGGUCACAGGUGGACUGCAAAAAUAUGUGGAGGAAUCGUCAAACAGACUUGAAUGCUGGAUCAGGUGUGCGGGUUGUUUUUCUUGGGGCAGCAUCAGGUAGAGAUUCUGGCACGGGAGUUUUUCUGCCCCGUAGCUUUGUGAAUGCCCCCGAGCACAAGAAAAGAGGUGGGGUGCUAACACGUGCCAAAUCCCCAGAGGAGGGAGUAUGGCCCACUUUGCAGCAGAGCAUGCACAGAACAAUUCUUCGUCAACCGGUGGCUCAUGAACCUUGCCUUCCCACGGAGUGGACAUACUAGCUAUCACAGUAAUUAUUGGUUCAGUAAUUCGGACAGUUUACGACUGUAGCUAUCUGAUUUUCAGCCGGAUUAUGCAUUCACGACCAACAUGAUUCCUUUUUUUGAGCCUUGCAAUAGCAGUAAUCUCUUAGGAGUACUGAUUUUGUAAGUGACCUUUACAGGUGUGUUUACAAAAACUUUGAACUGUAAAUUACUAGGAGUAGGAUAGGCUGGGUGUCUGCUGUACAAUAGCCAGCAAUACUUAAGGAGUUCAUAAUCCUUUGUGGCAGACAUUCUUCACAAGAUGUGCAUAGCAAUCAAACUAAUAACGUGGGUUCCUGUAAGGACCUCACUAAAAUAAUUGCCCGAUCAAUAAACAAUGUUGUGACGAA